AACCCGUCAUCACCAGGAAUGUACAUGUCUCAUGAAGAUGGAACCUAUUUUAAAGAGAACCAGUUUUUGGCAGAAGCAGGAGAGCUGAAAUUGUCACUCAUUUUGUAUAUGGAUGACCUUGAAAUAGCAAAUCCUUUAGGCACAUCCAGAAAAAUCCACAAGCUUUGUGCAGUAUAUUGGUUGCUUGCAAACCUACCCAGUAAGUAUAGGUCCAGCCUACAUGUCAUACAGCUAGCGCUGCUAUGCAAAGUAUCUGACGUGCAGAGGUGUGGUUAUGAAAGUGUCCUGUCACCUUUGUUGAAAGACUUGCAAACUCUUGAACAGGAUGGCAUUUUCAUUGAAACCCUUGGUCAGCGUGUUCAGGGCACUGUGUUGUGCGUUGCAGCUGAUAACUUGGCUGCUCAUGGUCUUGCAGGCUUUGUGCAGUCUUUUCGAGGACAAUACGUUUGCAGAUUCUGUUGCUGUACUACAGACCAAAUACAGAUCAGCGAAGUUUCUGAAGGAGAGUUCAGCAUGAGAAAGAAGGAAACCCAUGAUCUACAUGUCCAAAAAGUUGUGCAGGAAGAAAAUGUAGCUCAUUUAGGUGUUGUGGGUGAGUGUCCUCUUAGCAAGGCUUUGCAGCAUUUUCAUACCGUUACAGGUUUCCCGCCAGAUAUACUGCAUGAUUUGUUUGAGGGUGUUGUACCUGUUGAGUUGGCUUUGUGCAUCCGUGAAUUGAUUCGGCAGAAGUAUUUCACGCUUGAAUAUCUGAACACAAAGAUUCGCACAUUUCCGUAUCAGCAUUUUGACAAGAUUGAUAAGCCACAGCCAAUCCCAAAGAGUUUUGUUGCCAAACUAAGUAUUGGAGGAAAUGGACAUGAAAAUUCUGCUUUGCUGAGAUUAUUACCCUUGAUGAUAGGAAGUAAGGUCCCAGAAGGCAAUGAAACAUGGGACAUAAUAAUGAACCUUAAAGAAAUUGUCCAGCUUGUGUUAUCUCCUUCUUUCACAGAGGAAUCCCUUCAGUACCUGCAGACCAAAAUAAGUGAUCACAGACAGGCUCUUAAAGCUGUGUUUCCAGAAUUUAAUCUCAGACCAAAACACCAUUACAUUGAACAUUACCCGGAACUGAUCAAGCGUUUUGGGCCUCUGGUUCAUCUGUGGACCAUGAGGUUCGAAGGGAAACAUCGUUUUUUUAAAAGGGUGAUGCAUGACACACAAAAUUUUAAAAAUGUCUUGAAGACUCUUGCUGAUAGACAUCAGUCCAUGAUGGCUUUUCAUAUGAAUGCCCCAUCUUUUUUCAAACCCCAAAUACAAACCAGAAGUGUUACUUCUGUGCAGGUUACUACUCUACCUCAAGUGGCGGCAGACUUCAUAAAGACCAAGACAGACAGCCAAAAUAUAUAUAGCACAUCAGUGGUCUCCAUAGAUGGCACAGAUUAUGCGAAUGGAAUGUUUGUUUCUGCAGGACAGUCAGGGGGACUUCCUAAUUUUUGCAAGAUUGAACGUAUACUUCUUGUAAAUAACUCGGUGUCAUUUCUGUGCAGGUCCUACGAGUGCUGGUACAUCGAACAUUUAAGAUCAUUUAAGCUGACAUCAUUGGACAACUUCUCUGUGCAUGAGCUAUCAGAACUAAAUGACACAGAAUGGAAGCGCAGAACUUUUUCCUGCAUGUCCAUACAUCCACUGACAUUGUGAGGAAGAUGACUUUAUCUUCACGUCCAGCAUCUGUGGAAGAGCUAAAAACAAAGAUAAAAGAGAAAUUUGAUCUCACCAUUGACUUUACCCUAUCAUACCAAGAUCCUGACUUCAAUGGGCAACUAUGUUCCCUUUUAGACAUUGAGGAACUUCCACAGAAGGCUGUCCUUAUAGUGGUGCGAUCUGAGAAUGAUGCUAGUUCUGUAGCAUCUG